AUGAAAAUGCCUAAGUUUCCAAUUCAAAGAACAAUGGAGGAGUGGCAGAAGAAGUUGACACCAGGUCAGUUCAAUGUGAUGAGAUUGAGUGGUACUGAAAGAGCAGGAACUUCGCAAUACAAUAAUUUUUGGAAAGAUGGGAUUUAUAAUUGUGCUGGCUGUGACAAUCCUAUAUAUAAAUCGGACACUAAGUUCAAGAGUCAUUGUGGAUGGCCAAGCUUUUAUGAUGCGAUGCCUGGAUCAAUCGUCACCAAAACUGAUAGCUCUUUUGGAAUGACCAGAACUGAAAUGAUGUGUAGUAAGUGUGGUUCGCAUCUCGGGCAUAUUUUUGAAGGUGAAGGCUAUAAUGUUCCUACAAAUGCUAGACACUGUGUUAAUGGAAUUGCAUUAAACUUCAAGGAUAGUAAAGAUAUCCCAGAAAUAAACUAG